AUGAGCGACGGAUGUGUGCAAUCGUUGCAAACGGUGCGGAUAACGGCCCCCGAUUACGUCAGAUUCGGUGAUCCCCUUUGGCUUAACUGUAGCUGUGAUUUACAAUUACAACAAAUCUAUUCAAUCAAAUGGUUUAAAGAUAAUCAAGAGUUUUAUCGGUUUAUCGUUUCCGAGGCCAACCCCAAGACGUGGUAUAAUACGAGUGGCGUUUAUCCGGACCCGGUGAAGUCCAAUAAGGGAGACAUUUAUAUGACGUCAACGGACUUCCAGACUCAGGGCAGCUAUCGGUGCGAGAUAUCAGAAGAGACCGGAUUUCAAACAUUACACGAAGUAAAGGACAUCAGAGUCUACUGUAAGCAAUAA